AUGGCCACGACGGCGCACUGUCUCUUCUGUUUCGAGACGCUGGCUGCGAGGCUGGAGGGGCGCGAGGCUCUGGACCUCGUGGACAUCGAGCGAAGCUAUGCAGUGUAUGAUGGGAAAAAGUCGUCAUCGUCCAUCCCAUCACCAUCAUCACCAUCAUCACCCCUCUUCGUCACCUGGAACACCACCGAGGGCUUUGACGGUGCGGCCGAUCGGCCGGCCGACGACGAGGCCUCGCACGAGCUGCGCGGCUGCAUCGGCACGUUUGCAGCCGAGCCGCUGGUCACAGGACUCGCUACCUAUGCUCUCACGGCCGCGCUCAAGGACCAUCGGUUCCAACCGGUCAGCCGCCGCGAGCUGCCGCUGCUGCGCGUCGCCGUCACGCUGCUGACCGACUUUGAGCCGGCCGCCGACGCCGACGACUGGCAGCUCGGACGCCACGGACUGCGCAUCGCCUUUGUCGACGGCGGCCGCCGCUACGGCGCCACGUACCUCCCCGACGUCGCGCCCGAGCAGGGCUGGUCCAAGGAACAGACCGUCGUCAGCCUGAUGCGCAAGGCCGGCUGGUCUGGCCGCACCGACCGCUGGCGCGACGGAAUACCAGAAGUGGCGUGA